AUGCAGGAGUCCAGCAGCUCGAACCGGGCGACUGCCAUGAGCAGCAGCAGCGACUGGGUAGUCCCUGAGAUUCCUGCCAUACAGCCGCCCAGAAGCCGGCGCAUGUCGACCAAGAGGGCGCCAUAUCCCGCAAAGAGGCAGCAAGCUCCCAUCGUGCAAUAUGUCGAGAACGACGAGCUCACCAGGCCCCCGAGCGCCCAGAGAGCUUCAUGGCAUGCGACCGGACCGACAGCGCCAUACUACGACAGCAGGUUCCCCGUGCCCCUCCAUCCCUCCCAGUAUGCUCCGAGCGAUCAGAAAUACCCAGCGCCUGCGUUCGAUGACGAGAGAGAUACCGAGGACUGGAAUGGUCCAUGGAGCGCGCAGCCUUACAACGACCAUCCCGCGUCACAUGCCGCCGAUGGGCCACCCGCAUCCCGUUAUCCUCGCUCCCCUCCCGACGAGCCAGCGGCAAACUAUCCCGACAGUCGCCGACUGGUCCCGAACGACCAGAUUAUACGAUCGCAGCGAGGUGGAAGACUAGAGGAUAGCAGGCCGCCGCUGACAAGGCCGCAGUCCGCGAGGCCUCCCCGGGAGCCUUGGCACGACGGUCGGCCGCAGGACUCUCAAUUUCAACGCCCAAAGCAUCGUGACCGAUCCUUCAGCUUGGAAGAUAGAGCCAGAGCCCAGUUGCAAGAAGCGUCAUUUGAUAGCUCCAGCCGCCAUGCCGCGUCGCGGAUUUCCAACACGUCGAUGCAGACGUCGACUGGAGAGACACAAUUUCAAUAUCGCCCCAUCACUGGCACAGAGUUCAGACUGCUCCGUCUGCUACCAGCGAGCAUGUCUACCAUCAAGUGCGAGAUACUGCACGCGUCUCUUGAUACGGAUCCGGAAAUCCAGAAAUAUACGGCUAUAUCAUACGCGUGGGGCGAUAUCGAGCCCAACAUGAAGAUCGAGGUCGAUAGGUGCUCUGUCCUCAUCACCCCAAGCCUUCACGGCGCGCUCAAACGACUACGCCAGCAGGACAAAUCCAUCAUGGUCUGGGCCGAUGCUCUAUGUAUUGACCAAAAGAACAAGGCAGAACAGUCGCAGCAGAUAAGCAUGAUGACCAGCAUAUAUGGAAGCGCAGAAUCUGUCGCCGUUUGGCUGGGCGACAGCAGUGAUAACAGUGAUCUGGCGAUUGACCUCAUCCAGGGAGUGUUCAACGCGGAUAAUGCUAGUUCCGUGGCGAGGAUCAUAUCAGCGGAGAGGUUUACUGCCCACUUUACCGCACUAGUCAAGCUCUUUGAGAGAGAGUUUUGGGAGCGACUGUGGGUUGUGCAAGAAAUUUUGAAUGCGCAGUCAGCCACGGUAUACUGCGGAAACUCGUCUGUUUCGUGGGAGGUUCUGCAGGAGGCUUCCACAAUCUUUCAGCAACACGAGAAAGAUCUGCGAGUUCAGUUCCCGCGCGGGAAGACGAAGGGGUCCCGUCGUGGACUCUCCUAUGCGCAUGUCCUCGGUUCCUGCGGACCGGCUAGUCUUGAGCUUCUGCGGGUUUCUCCAGAAGAGGAGGUCAUAUCAUUGCUGGGAGUGCUCAGAGUGUGCAGACCAAAACUGGCAGCAGAGCCGCGAGACAAGGUAUUUGGUGUUUUGGGUAUCCUACCGGCGGAAACCAGCUUCCACUUCCCACCGAAUUAUGGUUCAUCUCUUCGGGAGGUGUAUACCAACGUCGUGGACCUCAUAUUACACACCACGCGGCGACUCGAUGUGAUAUGUGAGGCCAUCUACUUCCCUGUUUACACCAGCUCGGUAAAGCUUCCAAGUUGGGUGCCGGACUGGUCGCAUAUCCCGUCCACGGCUGGUCUCGGGACAUCGUACGGAUUCAACGCUGCCGGCGAAGUCGACGCCGAGUUUCAAUUCAUGGAUGCUCCACACAGGAGCCUGCUUCGGAUAUCUGCCAUCUAUCUCGACCAGGUAGAUAUGCGUGGCGUCGCCGUUGGCACCUUCUGCUCUGUGGAUGACUACCUAAUGGCCUUCCUCCACUGGAGAGCAAAGCUUCUGUCAAGAUACCUAUCAUCGGAGGGAAAGACGUACAAUAUGAAGAAGAUAGACGAGGCGUUCUGUCGUACCUUGUGUCUCGGGCAGGAGCCCUCUUUGAACCUCCGCCACUCCUGGACGGAGGUUUGUUAUCACGUUUUCGCGUCUCUGGUACGCGAUCGCCUACCUCACCUCCGCCUCGACAAAGAGCUGGAGAAGUACCUGUUCAUCGAUCAAGAGCUUGCACCCGAGACGAGCCGUAUGAUUGUUCAGGAGAAUUGCGCUUCCCGGAUGGAGGGUCGCUGCUUUUUUACAACAAAACGAGGACUGAUGGGGAUAGGAAGCGGGUUCAUGAAGGACGGGGACAUCGUUUGCGUGCCUUUGGGGUGCAAGACACCCAUCAUCAUACGCCCAGAGGCCGACAGCAAUCAGUACCGGCUCAUCGGUGAUGCAUACGUUGAUAAGUACAUGGAUGGGAAGGCAGUCAAGGAAUGGAGGAGUGACAGGAAGAAGCUCAUCAGUUAUGUGCUGCAGUAA